AUGUCUGCGCUUAAGGACUCAAAGCUUGUUGCCAUUUCGGUGGGCACUCAUACAUGGAGGCCAGAUGAUGAGAAGGUUGACAAAAUUGUGGCUAUUUUGAAAAAGCACAACGUCAAGAACUUGGAUACAGCCUUUGCCUACGGUCAAGGACUCUCUGAGCAGUCGUUGGGAAAGAGGAACUUGGCAGCACAAUUCGCCAUUGACACUAAAGCCGACACAGCUAUAAUUCCAGGCUCCGGAAGGUCUAUUGCGGCUUUUACAAAGAAGAGUCUGGAGGGACUACAGACUGAAAAGGUCCGAGUUUACCUCCUUCAUGGUCCGGAUGAAUCAACCCCCUUCAGCGAGCAGAUUGAGAUCCUUCAGAAGCUAUACAAGGAAGGAAUUUUCGAAAAGCUUGGUAUUUCAAACUUCACCAAGGACCAGGUUUUAGACAUCUACAAUGCCGCCAAGUCGAAAGACUACGUCCUCCCCACCGUCUACCAGUCCAGUUACAGUCUCAUUGUACGACGCAACGAAGCGGAGCUCUUCCCCACGCUCAGAGAACUUGGAUUCUCGCUGCAAGCCUACUCCCCUAUGGGCAAUGGCUUCCUCGCCAAGACACCGGAAUACAUCGAGCAAGGCCGUGGCAGCUGGGACCCAAAUACGCCAUAUGGCCAAAUCCAACGGGACCUAUUCUAUAAACCGUCUUACCUGAAGCUGCUCAAGGAGUUUGGGCAGCUCUCGGAAGACUCGGGUGUGAGCCGGGUCGGCUUGGCGUACCGAUGGGUCAGGUUUCACUCAGUGUUGGAUGGCAACCUGGGAGACGAGAUGAUUAUUGGUGGUGCGACUACGGAGCAGGUGGAGGAAUCGCUCGUGGAGUUGGAGAAAGGGCCGCUUGAGCCUUGGGUCGUGAAGAGGAUUGAUGAGCUAUGGGAGAUCGUCAAAGAUCACGCGCCGGUGGACAUUCUCGGAUCGGCACGCAAGGUCGCCCGGACGGCAACUUAUAAUGCGAAGUUUCUGGACACGAACCGUACUUCUGACAAUGCCUGA